AUGUCGUGGGAUCUGCUGCAGAGAUUUAUAGAGUCUGACGUCUUCAAUUCGAACCCGUUUCUGCCCGUCUCCUACCUCUCACGAUACGCCGAUCACGUGGGAAUUCAUUAUGUUCUGUGCCAGAAGCUGCGACAGUUUCCUUACGAGGACAUUGAGUUCUUUCUGCCCCAGCUGUGCCACCUCAUAAUCAGCGUCGACAAUGAGUCCAUGGCUUUAGAGGAGUUCCUCUUGGACCUCUGCGAAGAAUCAGUAACAGCGGCUUUGUUGACGUACCUUUACGACUUAUCUGCAAACCCGCACUCCGGCGCCUUCCAGACGUGUCGGAGAGUAUACAAUAAAGUCCAGCAUAUCGUAUUCGGUCUGGCGGACAGGGCGCGGAACGAGAAAAUACAGGACAAUGUGCUACCGGUCACUGUCCUGUCUAGCUUCGUCUUGGCCAGUGUCGCCUUGCCCAUGAUUCCGAAAUGGGCAGGACCUCUCGCCGUUGCGCAGGCAAGGAAGCCCCAGGCUGUUACCGAACCCACCCGUGAGACGGACGACAUGGCCAAGGCAAUAGCCACAGCGCAGACAGUGACGGGCGCGAGCCCAAGGCCCAAGAUCGUCAAGGAGGCCCGAAGCUCGCUGCUGGGGUCCGAGGGCGGCGCUCAAGGUCGCCAGUCGCAUAGGAGUCUGUCUCACUUGCCCAUGUCGGCACCAUCACCAAUGGUGAGAGACCUUGCUGACAGGAAACGACCCUCGGCGUUGGAGAUGAAGUCGCUGGAGGCUCGUCUGAGCUCAGCAUCCCUACCGCUGCCAUCGCCGAAGCCAACGAGCCGUCCUUCUACCCCGGUGUCGGCGGGUCUGGGGCUCCGAUCGGGCGAAGGCGGGAUUAUUAUUCACAGACGGCGUUCGCAUAACGGCAAGGCUGCUCUAAACCCUGCCGAUCUUUCUUCCGCCCAGAGAAUAAAGCUGUUGAGGCAGCACUACUUUCGAUCCCAGACGCAAUUCCUGACCGCACUCGAGGGCAUCUCGAACCGCCUAGUCAUCGUUCCCAAGCAAGCACGCAUGAGCGCCUUGCGCGCAGAGCUGGCCCUUGUCGCGCGGGAUCUGCCCGCCGAGAUUGAUGUUCCGGUGAUUUGCCCCCCGACGCUGGCGAAUGGAUCUCCUGGAAAGAGCCGCCACCACAGAAUAGUGCGGCUGAACCCUGCGGAAGCAACGGUGCUGAAUAGUGCGGAGAAGGUGCCGUACCUCAUGAUGGUCGAGGUGCUCCGAGAGGAUUUCACCUUUGACCCGGAUACCCCCGACAACCAACACGUCUUGACCAAGCUGCUGGACCCCACCAGCAGGUCGCGCAGGCUCUUUGAUCUGUCUUGGGAGACGCCAAAGCUUACGCCACCCACGCGCGCCUCCGAGCCCAUAGUUGACAGCGUCUUCGAGCCGACCUCGGGUGACUUGGGAAGUUCCCCCAUGCUCGUGUCGGACGAGGAGCUCUCCCUCCGGUCCGCGACAAGGUUCGGUCAGUCUUGCGGCUCAGUACGCCUAUCCAGCGGCAUAAGCAACCAGUCGUCGCUGGAAUCACCGUCGCCGCGGCCAACAUCGGGACAGUCCACGCCGAGCUCGAGCAGUCCCGGAACCAGACGCAAGAUGACGCUGACGUUGCCACGGAACGCUUCCUCGGCCGAUCAACCUGAUUUCUCGGCCUUGGCGACUCAUAUGCGGGCAGCGUCGCAAAUGCUGGCCCAACUGGACGCGACGAGCGGCAAGCGGCCGAAGCAUGAGGUUGCCGCCAUCCGAGCCAAGAUCAUCGCCAGCAUGCAAAGCCUGGAAGAAAAGAGCUUCGACAUGGACGAGCAAGGACCGACGUUCGAAACCAUCAUGGGCAAGACGAGCAUUAUAGCUGCAUCAGGAAGCAACCCGGAUUUGGAGGAGGACACUCCUAUCGACCCAGCAAUCAACGCCAGCGCGGGGAGAGAGCGGAUGGAGAACGAUUUCAAGACGGGAGGUGUGCAACGGCGAGGCGACCGGGACGACCCCAGCGCGGCCGUCUUUGGCGAGGCGUGGGAGGCCAAAAAGGAGCGAAUCCGCAAGUCGUCGCCCUACGGCUGGAUGAAGAACUGGGACCUGGUGAGCGUCAUCGUCAAGACUGGCGCCGACCUGAGGCAGGAAGCCUUUGCCUGCCAACUGAUUGGCGUGUGCCACAAGAUAUGGCUGGAUGCCGGCGUCAACGUCUGGGUCAAGCUGAUGCGCAUCCUGGUGACGGGAGAGUCGUCGGGGCUCAUUGAGACCAUCACCAACGGCGUGUCGCUGCAUUCGCUCAAGCGCAGCCUGACCCUGGCGUCGAUAGAAGCCGGGCAAAACCCGAGGCAGCGGAUCGCCACGCUCAAGGACCACUUCGUCAAGGCUUUCGGGCAGCCGGACAGCGAACCGUAUCGGGCCGGGGUGGACGCUUUCAAGCGGUCCCUGGCCGCGUACAGCAUCAUAUCAUACGUGCUGCAGCUCAAGGAUCGGCACAACGGUAACGUCCUUGUAGACAGCGAGGGCCACAUCAUCCACAUUGAUUUCGGCUUCAUGCUGUCCAACUCGCCGGGAUCAGUCGGGUUCGAGGCAGCUCCGUUCAAGCUCACGCACGAGUAUGUAAGCGUGCUCGGAGGGUUGAACUCGCCCGGCUACGACGACUACAAGACGUUGUGCAAGCAGGCUUUUCAGGCACUCCGUCGCUCGGCCGACAACAUCAUAGACUUGGUGGCCAUGAUGGGGAGGGACUCGAAGAUGCCGUGCUUCGCGGUCGGGGUGGCACAGGUGACGAGCGCUCUGAGGCAGCGGUUCCAGCUGCAUCUCAGCGCCGACGAGGCCGAGCAGUUUGUCGAGACGGAUCUGAUUGGGAAAUCCUUUGGAAGCUACUACACUCGCCUCUACGAUACCUUUCAGUACCGAACUCAAGGCAUCUAUUGA